UGGAAAGUAAAUUAGACACGUCCCUAAAAAUGAACAGGUAGAUGUUAUGUAAAGGUCUACAUACAGAUGUCACAAAUCAAGAGUACCUGUGUAAUGUUGAUCUCCAGUUAGAGUAAACAGUGAAUACAGAGAAAAUGGUGUUUAGUGCAGUUGACAGGUAUAUUACUGUGUCGGGGGUGAGCUGGCUAGGUUGGUAUAUGAGGAGGAAGUUGGAAGACUCCACUAAAGAUGUGAAGGCAGCUCAGCAUGAGACUUUGAUGGAGAGAAUCAAAGAAAAUGCAGACACAGAGUAUGGUCAAAGAUUUAUGUUUAAGGACAUCAAAGGAAGGGAUGAUUUUAUAAAAUUUCAUCCACUUACAAGGUAUCCACACUAUGAGCCAUAUAUUGACAGAAUGAUGAAAGGAGAAAUGAACAUACUUACCAAGGAUCAGCCUGUAAUAUUUGCUGUCACAUCUGGAACCUCUGGGAAGAGCUCUGUACUUCCUAUGCUGAAAAAACAACAGGGAACUUUCUUCACACAGGGUAUUGCUAUUAUAUAUGACUGCAUGAGAAAUGCUUUCCCAGAGACAGGAAGUCAGCAGAAAGAUAUGAAGUUUUUCUACACUCCUAGACUAAGAACAUCAGAAUGUGGAAUCCCUGUUGGACCUAACUCAUCUUCUCCAGCAAACUCAAAAAGAAUUUUGAGUAUGUACUCUACUCCAAAGGCUGGGUAUGAUAUAUUGUCAGAACCAGAAGCUCUCUAUAUUCAUCUGCUGUUUGGGUUGAAAGACAAAAAUUUAGGCAUAAUUGAAGCAAAUUUUGCAUCUCUGGUGUAUUCUGCAUUCCGAGCACUUGAUACAAACUGGGACUCAUUGGUAACAGACAUUGAAAAAGGAAAUGUUAGUGAUGGUAUUGAAAUUGAGGAAAGUGUGAGGAAAGAAUUGAACAAGUCUUUGUCACCUGAUCCAAAAAGAGCAGCUGAGCUGCGUGAAGCCAGAGAGCAGGGUGUGACUGGUCUCGCACACAGAGUGUGGCCUAAAUUAAACUUUGUGAUGACAGCAGACUCUGGAACAUUUGAACUGUAUGGAAACCGAUUGCGAGAAAUCUAUUGUAAAGGAACACCAAUAUAUUCUCCACUGUAUGCAGCAUCUGAAGGACUGUUGGGCAUCAACAUCUGGCCAAAGGAAAGACCAAGUCGAUACCUGCUGGCACCAAGAUCCAUGUUCUUUGAAUUUAUCCCUGUCCAAAAUUGUGAAGAGGAACAACCUAAGACACUGUUUCUUGAUGAAGUUGAAGUAGACCAGGUUUAUGAGCUUGUGAUCACAAAUGCUAGUGGUUUGUACCGUUACAGAUUUGGUGAUGUGAUUAAGGUAGUUGGACACCACAAUACAUGCCCUGUCAUCGAGUUCCAGUACAGACAAGGGCAAUUCUUAAAUGUCAGAGGUGAAAAAACAUCCGAGAAUUAUUUCUAUCAAGCUGUGAACUCGGCUAUUCUCAAGUCAGGGCUGAAUAUGGUGGACUAUUGUUGUACUGAGAGCCUUAUGGUAGAUCAGGUGUCCAAAGAUAAGCCUGCAGCAGCACCAUGUUACCAUGUCUUCAUUGAACUGGAAAAAGAUGAAAAAGUCACAGCUAAAGUACAGAUUGACGAGGAACUUAAAGCGCUGUCCUACAUGUAUGCCUCAUUCCGUCGCAAGGGUAGUAUUGGACCAAUGAAGGUGUACGUUGUUAAACCUGGAACAUUUGCUGAACUCCGAUCUUUCAUGAUAGAGACGACAACAGGGUCCCCAAAUCAAUAUAAAGUUCCGAGAGUAUUGAAGAAACCAGAGGCUGUCAAAUUUAUAAUGGACAAAAUUGAUGUUUGUCUGCUUUAACACUUUGCAUAAUGUACUCUUUGAUGGUGUUCAAUCACGUAUUUUAUGCUAACUAAUGAAAUACUGCAUUCUAUCAGUGAAAUAAAUUUCAUAUCUGUCACUGGUUAUCAGUCACUAGUUGUCACACACAGUACCAUUUUUUGCCACCGGAUAAGCAUAAAAUAAAAAGAAAAUUUUUGCUUGGAGUGGAUAUGGUAUAUAUCUCAUCUCAUAGUGAUAAUAUUUUAACACUUUCAGUCGCACUUAGCACUUGUGGAAAUAUUAAAAUUUAAUCACUACUCGAUGAGAUAUAUACCAUAUCGACUCAAAACAAACAAAUAUCCUCAAUUUAUUAUUAUGUUUUGUAUACUUACUAAUUAGAUUGUAUGGAAACAGAUGACAGUGUGAGCUAGUGAGAAGUAUUGUCACUGUUAUGUUACCUGACAUCGAGUUGUAAUGUGCAAAAAGUUUCCUGGAUGAAUUUAAAAGUAUAGCAUGGAACUUUCUUCUUCUUCUUAAAGACUGUAAUUGAAAUUGGUUUUUGACCACACAUAUCAGACUUAUGAAAAGAAAAUGAUUUUAUGUGUGCCUAGCAUUGUACAUUGUAUUUGAAUAUUUAAAUUGAUGUAAUGAAAUGCUGUGUGGCAAUGCCCUUUCCAUCAAUUUUUGUCGAGUGUAAAUUUAUAAGUACUUUAUACUGUGACAUUUUCGGCUAUUGCUAAGAAAUUGUUGGUAAUACAUUUAGAAAAGCAUAGCUCUAAAAGUUUUAACUAUUUUUAGAGAAAAUACUUUUAAACAGAUUUAUUUAGUGUACAGUUUGGAGCUUUUCUGUCCUAUAAUGAGAUGUGUGAACUUGAAGUUAUUAACCUUUAGCCUGCUGGUGGCAAUAGAUUCUGCCUUUGCGACGAGUGCAGACCAAGAUCGUGCAGUCUGAUCAUGGUCUGCACUGUUCGCAAUUUAGUCAGUAAAUUAUCAGUGAACACCACUUUGAAUAAUAAGUGGUACUGCCCAAAUUGAAUGAUGGACCAGUAAAUUUAGCAGAGUAAGGGUUAAUGAAUCUAUACUCUGAAACUGCCCUGUCAUAUAAUGAAAUGUAUGCCCUCAACUUUGGAGCUUUAGUGAAUGUAGUCUCUGAUUAUUUUCUGUCAUAUUAUGAGAUGUAUGCCGUCAGCCAGAGAAUACUGGAACUUUUUCUAUUGUAUAAUGACUAUGAGAUGUGUGUCCUAAACUUGAGAAUACUGGAACAUUUUCUAUUGUAUAAUGAGAUGUGUGUCCUAAACUUGAGAAUACUGGAACAUUUCCUAUUGUAUAAUGAGAUGUGUGUCCUUAACUUGAGAAUACUGGAACAUUUUCUAUUGUAUAAUGAGAUGUGUGUCCUUAACUUGAGAAUACUGGAACAUUUUCUAUUGUAUAAUGAGAUGUGUGUCCUAAACUUGAGAAUACUGGAACUUUUUUCAUAUAAUGAGAUGUGUGCCCUUAACUUGAGAAUAUGAAAAUGAACUUAGACUGGAACUUUUUCUGUCAUAAUUAGAUGUGUGUAUUUUUUUUGUAAGAUAUAAGUUUGAUUGAAGUGAAAGUAUGCACUGUGAUAGGAGAAAGAUUUUUGCAGUGCACAAAAUCUAUUUAUCUGAGCUGUAUAGGAUCCUGUUACAUAUUUUAAGCAAUAUAAGAUUUAUAUUUUGUAUUUGUUUUUCUACAUCAGGUUUUGUAUAUAUGCUAAAAAAUAAAGUUUGAAAGAGGUC